AUGGGUUCCAUUGAAACGACCCGUUCUUUUUUUUUACAGGCGUCAAGACUGAAGAAAGAGGCGGAGUCUGUAGUUAGGGAAGGCUUUCGAAUACUUUUACGCUCUCAAGUUGGAGACUUUCGUGCAACCUGGGACAUGUGUGUCAAGAAGUUUGAGCAGUUUUCAGAAUUUCUCCGGUACUGUGAAGUAUUCGGGGAGGAGAAUGCGCGUCUCUUCUUUCGGAGACACAUCAAUAAGCUCAAGGAGGACUGCGUCAGCCGGAAGCUGCAGGGCUACUUGGACCUUCUGCCUCAAGUUUUCUUGGAGUUUUAUCCAGAGUUAGACUCGAUUGUGACUACAAAUUGGGAUGUGAUCCGAGACCAAAUAAGAGAUCAUCCAGAUUUUGAUCGCUACUUCGUGGACGCCCCCCUUGACGAUUCAGUGUUGAUUGAAACCACGGACAUCCGCAUUCCGUUUGAUCUUCUGGAAUUGACAGAAGCGAAUACGGUAUUCAGAAACCAUAUGAAUGCUUUGCAGGCAGAUCAGCGUCGUUUGGAUAUGAAAGAGGAGUUCAAGAGAGUUUUGGAGGAGAAUGGUUUCAUCACACCCGGAAAGACCUUGAGUGAAGUCCGGGUUUUGUUGCUUGGACGGGAUUGCUUUGAGGCUCUUUCGCCGGCUGAUGCUCAGGAAAUUUACAAGUGGCAUCAGUUCGAAAUCACGGAACGCGCCAAAAUAAACUUCCAGGAAUUACUGCUGGAACAUGCGGAUUUGUUCUACAACUUCCGGAGUCUAUGUCAGCAAAGCCCGACGGGGACGAGUGGAAUCAGCACAACCGGAAGUGGAGGGUCAUCGUCAGUGACGCAUGAUGACAUACGGCGGGAAAUCGUGGAAGUUUUGCAAGAGGAUUCGCGGUAUAAAGCUUUGGACCGACUGGAGCAGCAACGGGAAGUUAUGCUGUUCCGGCACUUGGGCUUCGUGCACUCACCCAUCAGGGAACAUUGCCCUGCUUUCCCCAACUGCAUUGACUCGUUGGUGGAGGCUUCCUUGAGGUCACGGCUAAAAAAUAGGUCAUCAAGUUGGGCAAAUGGUCCCGGGAAGCCGACCGUGGCCAAGAGCACUGGAAGUCUGACAGACCAAAAUACCACCUGGGGUCUCAGUAGCCCAUGGAAUUCCGGGGAACAAUCGGACGAAGAUCCGUACCAUCUCAAUUUGGCUGUUUUAGGAAGCGCCGGUUUAGCUGAUGAACUCGCUUCAUCGAUAAGGGGUCAAUGCACGGAUGAUCUUUACGAGCUGGAUGGGGAAACUUUCAGCUUGGACUACAAUAGCCCAUGGAAUUCCGGGGAACAAUCGGACGAAGAUCCGUACCAUCUCAAUUUGGCUGUUUUAGGAAGCGCCGGUUUAGCUGAUGAACUCGCUUCAUCGAUAAGGGGUCAAUGCACGGAUGAUCUUUACGAGCUGGAUGGGGAAACUUUCAGCUUGGACUACAAAUUGAUCCACGGGGACGUUANAUUCCAAGGUCAAUGCACGGAUGAUCUUUACGAGCUGGAUGGGGAAACUUUCAGCUUGGACUACAAAUUGAUCCACGGAGACGUUAGUCUGAGCCAAAAUGCCAUUCGGACGCCUGAUUUCAAUCCGCACGGCAUCAUUUGCGCUUACUCAAGUGCCGCUACGCUUGAGGCUCCGUCUGGAGCAGGGGUCUGCAACCCGUGGUCCGCGGACAGUUUGCAAUGCGAUCUGGUGGACGUGGACUGCGAGGCGCCGAUUCCAGGCCGGCGGGUGCAUACGGAGCUAGUCAACGAGGGGCUGCGGGCACUGUGUGGGGCCAUCAGGGACCAGCGCAAGUCUGCGGCCGUGGCCAUGCUAGGCCAGGGUGUGCUAGGGGCUGCUAGUCAGAGUGCGGGAGGGCCGGACCCGGUCUCUCCCGAUGCUAAAUCACAAACGGCUUCCGGUUACCAGACCCUUUCUGGGGUUAUUCAGCCUGAUAUCCGGGUGAUACUGUGCAUGCUGUGCGGGGAUCCCUAUUCGGUGGACACGGUGCUGGCGCCGCUACUGGAUCCGUCACCGUUGGGGUCGCCGUUGGGACCUGUGCCGCUGUCGGCGGUGCGGUCGGAGCGGUCUGUGGUGAUCGAGCUGCCGUUGGGCGACUCAAAGCGAACCGUGGAAGUCACCUUUUCGUCUUACCACGGAGCCGGCGUGUUCAAGGACGAGCUUGUGCACGGGUUCAUCCUCGUGUAUUCCACGAAACGACGGGCAUCUCUUUCUACCAUGAACGCUUUUUCAAGUAACGUAGCUGGUAUGCCGAUACAAAUUGUGGGGAUCACGGAUUCAGGAGCUGGAGGGAACCCGACGUAUCAAACUAUAGAGUUCAAUCACGCCUUGAUUGCCCAAGGCAACGCCAUAGCUGAUCGUUUGCAAGCUCAUUUCAUGACCUCCACACCUUCGUGCCAACAAGAAACUGCGUAUUAUAUCCCCUUCUUCAAAGAAGUCUGGGAAAAGAAGCCCGAGAUUGAACAGGCUCUGAAGCAAAUGGCGGAACGUGGCGGGUUGGGCAUCGGUUACCACUUCACCAUGGGUGGAGCAGAUACCGGGGAUGACGUGGAGGGCAUCGACAGCGGCGAAGGUACCAUGGAGCGCUCCGAUCGCAUCAAGAAGUCGUCGUUUCCGAGACUCAAGAACAUGCCGCAUUUACGUCACGUCGCGAGUUUCCCGUUCCAGCAAUCGCACCAUGGACACCAUUCGCAUUAUCAGCACCGGGCGGGAUCUGCUGACGGAAGCGUGGGUUCUGAGUCCAUUUACGAGCGACUUCCAGCGGGUGAGGUGUCUCCAGGCGACGAAUUGGAUGAGACCGGGUCCCCUUACAUGGCUAGUGACGACAGUGAGGUGGACGUGGGUAUCGGGGGAGCCCGAGUGUCUUCUCCGACCCGAGAAAAUGGCGGCGAGCACUUGGUGAAGCCAAGUCAAAUUAAGGGACGACGUCGAGCUCAAGGCGUUCAUGGAAGUGGUGUAGGACCGCCGCCUCCUUACUUCAUGCCUGCCGGAACGUCGCCGGUGCCACCACCGCUGCCCUCGAUGCCGCCGCCGUCCACGAUGUCUGCCUGCGGGUCCAACGUGGAGCUCCACUACCACGUGUCUCCCGUGUCUCUCGAACAGCAGCAACAGCUGCAUCAAUUCGGAUUCCCAAAAAAGAAAACCAAAGGCGUGUCCCCAUUGGCCAAAAAACCCGGUCGUCGAAGUAGCGGGAAGCAGACAGAGUACAGGUUGCCGCCAGGGCCGCCGUUUAUGAAGGGCAGUUCGAUGGACGACGCUUACGGUGGCGGCUGGUAUGGGGUCGGAAUUGGUGGUGCCACCGCCGCAGCGGCGGCGGGUUAUGGGGUGUCAAGGCAUUCAGAUCCGCCGUUGCAGCACGUGUUUAUGGCUCCGUCUGGGCCAAUGGCUGGUUUCUGCGGCGAUCGGGGCGGUAGGCGGCAGAUGUCGCCUCCGGAGCCUGCACCGCGCGGUGGAGUCUGCGGGCCACAUUGCGGCGGUGCCGUUGUGUGCCUCGGCUCUUUUCCGUCGGCGCCGUUUCUGGAUCAGGCGGCGGCGGCGCCGCCGCGACGGCUUAGCAAGAAGACGGCGGCUGCAGUCGCAGCUGCAGCUCAACCGUUCGACGCCUUUUCUUUCUUCGUCGACCCCCACUCUUGCCCCUUGGCUCCUGUCCACGCUGUCGACUUCGCUCACCACGUCUUCCCACCGUGGGUGGAUGACUCAGCGUUUCAGUUCAAAGUGAGCCACACUGACGAGUUUCUGACGAGUGAUCCGAGCGGACGGGCAGAAGCCGCCAAAAGAUCUCAAACUUUGGGUAGAAGAUCAAAACUGAGUCCGGGAACUGCUGCUGCGAAAGCUGCUGCUGCGGUUAAAGGCGUACAGAAGGCACAAGGCACUCAAACAUUGAAGCAACAACCCGGUAGAAUCAACCUUGAGAGAUAUACCGAAGUAGUCGAUACGAUUGAGAAAUUGAGUCUCGCUGACGGAGCUAAAGGAAUGAAAGCUGGCGGACCACUUGGUAGUCAUGACGCUUAUGAUGUAGCAAGAGGCGAUCAGCAACGGAGGAAGGAUAAAGUUUAUACCGGAUAUGAAGGAAAGUUCUCCUACCUACCGCAGCCAGAUCAGAAGUUGCCCGCGCAGUCGAAAUCUGCCUCAAAACAGACGAGAUAUCGACAUCAUAAAGAGAAGAACCCACCUGGAAGAACGGCGUAUUCCGACUCGGACUCGGAGUACAGUUCAUUGGAACGUCAACUGGAGCGAGCCGGUGCAGAAAUAACUUACGCGGCGACGAAAGCCGGGCUCGUGGUGCCCAAGGAUGCCACGGCGGCGGCGCCUCAACACCCACCAAAGCGACAGCGCAAAAAGCGCGCCGCCAUCCCAGUCGCCAUGCCCAAGGUUCCGAGCUUGGUGCUUGGUGGUCCUGUCAUGAGUCCCAUGGAGUCACCGCCAGCCACCCCAUCAUCUUCGGCGUCUGCGACCGAAGUCAAGAAGGACGCCGUUGUUGCGGUUGCGGCUCCGGUGCCAAUGGGGGCAGUUGGUGGUGGUGCUGGCGGUGGCGGCCUGGAGUCGGAAGGAGGAAGUUGCUCGCCGUCGGAUGAAGAAAGCGAGCCGAGGGGAGAGGAAACCUUCUUUGCGGGACGAGCCAGGUAUAGGUCCAAGAAACGCUCAUCUUUCAAGUCCAAGAAGAUGCCGAGGGAAGUUGCCAUUCCAGCUCCUCCAGCAUCUUUCGUUCCCGGAAGCCAAUUGAUUGCGAAGAAUUCAGCAAAGCAGAAACCAGUUGAUGAACCGGAAGCGAAUGGAGAAGCGGUGCCGGUGGUGUCUAAAAAGUCAGAGGAUAAGAAAAAAGAGAAGCCUCCGAAGCCAACAAAAGAGGAGGAAAAGCGUCGGAAGGAAGAAGAAAAGCAGCGCAAGCAAGAAGAGAAGAAGAAGAAGAAAUCAUCGGGUGGCGGAUCGUCGCCGCCGUCUCUUUUGUCCCGUCGGGGAAUGACGAGUUCAAACGGGAAAACCGUGGAAGACUUGGCGCAAAGUCCGGACAAUCCAAUUCCGUUGUUCCUUGAAAAGUGCAUCCGAUAUAUUGAAGGAUCUGGUUUGGACUCGGAAGGAAUCUACCGAGUGCCGGGGAAUCGGGCACAAGUUGACGCGCUUUUUUUAAAGUUUGACCAAGGUAAUUGCUCGAGUUAUGCAUACAUAUUCGGAAAUGGAGAUUUUCGAUUGGACGAAUUGGACAUUCCGAUGAAUGCUGUGGCGACAGCACUGAAAGAUUUUGUUUCAAAGCGACUUCCUCCGCUUUUUGGGCCAGAUAUGAUGGAAAAAUUGGCGAGGGAAGCAGAGCUCAACGACAGCAGUCUUCGUUUGUUCUCUCUUCAGUUACUUAUGAAGAAGUUGCCUCCGAACAACUUUGCUAUUGUGAAGUUCAUAUUCCAGCAUUUUGUCAGAGACAAAUCAACUUGGACGCUUUUCAUUGGUUUUUUGUUGAUUUUUAGGGUUGCUGAGAAGAGUAAGGAGAACUCGAUGGACUCGCGCAAUUUGGCGAUUUGUUGGUGGCCCACGUUGCUGCCAUUGGAGUUCACAGACAUGGGUUUGUUCGAGCGAACUCGGCCGCAUUUGGAACAAGCCGUGCAAACGAUGAUUGACCAGUUCCCCUUCAUUUUCUGUGGCGAGGAGGACGUUUUGCGCGUAUGA